UUCUACGAAAUAUCCAAACAACCUACGCAGUCGUCACUUGACCCUUUGGAUGAGUCUGCAACAGCGGCCGGUACCCGAAAUAAGAAGAAGUCAUCAAACGGUAACUACUGAAGCCCUCGGGUCUCAAGCCAGGCGCUGUCAAACCACGAAAACAUGAUUCUGGCGUAGGAUGGUUCUCUGCAACUAACGGUCUAUGUGUCUCCUGCUUUUCAAGAAUAAGGUGAUGCAGACUAAAUACACGACCGUAUCCUCACUUUAACUAAUGAAACUGAAGAAGAAAAAAAAUACCCUGAACAUAAACUCCAUAGCAGACAGCACUAAGGAGUACUUCUUCUAUCAUAUGUUUGUCCCUAAACAAUCAGGCUUGCCAAUACCUUUGGCUGGUGUUGUUGAGUGAUACCUCCUCUGCAGCCGUGCCCUAGCCAACCAUUAAAUUGCCUGUAUGAGUUGUUGACGAUACUGGUGCGAAUAGAAAGUGAGGACAUGAUCGUGUCAGAACAAAGGGAUGCUGCGUCCUCUCGGCUUCUUACGAGGGUAAGAGUUAGGCAGUUCUCGUUGUCGUCGAGUGCGGAGUAAAUGAUUGAGUGGAGUCCUCAGCGUACGCGGAUGACAGCCACAGUAGGAAAAGUUGUUAUUCCAUUGUCGUUCUUGCUCUGAUUCUGCAACCCGGCGCAUCUUUAACGAUAUCUAACACUAAUUGAUUAGUUAAUGACUGACUGAGUAGAGGAACAAGUUGACAACAAGGAGUUUUUCACAUCCGAUUAUCAGGUUUUUUCAUAUAAACGCUCGAUUUCAACGCUGGACGAUUGUUGUUGAACAAAAUCAAAACAGCAGCAGGAGUGACAUUUCAGUGUUGCUCUGACAGAGACUUAUCCUCACUUUGAAAGUGGACGGAUUUAUUUUCUUCCAUGACAUCUUACACAAAAUGAUUCAUUAAAGUGGAGAGGAAAUAUAAUUUGCUAAUGACAGAAAAGGCUUCUUUCAUCAAUGACGUCAUCUUUCCUUGGAACAAAAAAACAACAGAAAAAGUGGCUUUUGAAUGUCGAUUUUAACGUCGAACCUUUUAAACUUGACAAAACAUCUUCCUCACUUUCAUCUUUCAGAGAUUAAUUCAAUAUAUGAAUUGAUAGGAGAGUUACUGCGAUAAAUAAGUAAGACAAGGACACACAUCGCAUCACACGAUUCCGAUCGUUCUGCGAAUAAAUACUACUUAGAUACUGGUUAUUGUUGUUGAGUGAAAUCGAUAUAAUCCAGAAGUACUUGAGAUUCCGUUUCACCCACUGUCCCGUAAAUAUCAUUCAAAUGCAUCAAUACGUCAAACUGGAUUAAAUAUCGUUGGAUUUAGAUAAUCGAUUUCGGAUUACUCGGGCGAAAGUCAAGGUAGUACAGUUUUUUAGAAGGCCAUCUCUGGUCACAUCCCAUAUCAAUCUCGGAUGCUGAGUUGGUCAACAGUCAGUGGAGUACUUGGUUUAUAAAAACUUUGUCCUUCCUGCAUAUGACAUCUGUGGUAUGGCAUUGAUGUUUCUGAUACUCUUCUUGUGAAGACGGAUCCUGGUCAAAGGAGACAUCGAAAUGUCGUUGUGUUUAUCACUACCACGAAUGUGGUAGUGUCGCAUCAGUGAAAAGUCGCUUAUAUCAAUGGAUAACUGUGUCUGACUUAUCAAUACACUGUGGAUUUAGCGAUGAGCCGUCGAUGGAAUGUGCGGAAAUAUAAGUGAAGAUAUCUUACUCGAGACGUCCUUUUUGAUAGAUCCACCGGGAUGUGUCAUUUGAAGGAUCGAAGCGAUUCAUACUCCUUGUUAUGAUGCUCAACGUGCCAGUCAUUAAACAAUGGGCCAACACGCAGCGAAUGUGUCCUGUGCUCUGACCGAUCCGAGCAACUAUGUCACAGCCAGAUUCAUUGUCAUGACCACGACCCUUAUCCUGAUAAAUUUUGCUGUCGUCCUCGGGAACAGUCUGGUUAUCGUCGCUGUAUUCACAUCGGAGAAACUUCGCUCGGUCACCAAUAUGUUCAUUGCAUCCCUGGCGUGUGCUGACCUAAUGCUAGGGGUUCUCGUUUUGCCCUUCUCCACAACAGUCGAGGUGCUAGGAUAUUGGGUGUUUCAGAAUCUCUGGUGCAGUGUCUGGUUGGCAGUGGACGUCUGUCUGUCCACGGCAUCCAUCUUGAAUCUGGUGGCCAUAAGUCUCGAUCGCUACAUUGCCAUAACGAGACCGAUACGGUACCCGCGGAUGAUGACUUCAAAACGCGGGAAAAUACUCAUAGCCUCGGUUUGGAUUACAUCAUUCGUCAUUUGCUUCCCGCCUCUGAUUGGGUGGAAUAACCCGCCAUCAGAUACAAAACCAGAAAUGUCGCCAUAUUCGAAUUCGUCAACCCUUGUCACAAGUUAUUAUAUUAACAAUGAUACAAUUUUUCAUAUCGAGUCAACAAAUACUUCAAAAUGCCUGGACGAGGUUUAUACCUGUGGCUUAACCUCGGAACGAGGUUAUGUGAUUUAUUCAGCAAUGGGUUCAUUUUUCGUACCGAUGAUAAUCAUGAUAUUUUUCUAUAUCAGGAUAUACAGGGCUGCAUUGCGGACUACAAGAGCUAUCAAAAGUGGUGUUAUUUCAACAAAACGCGGUAACGUAAGUAAUGGUUCUGAAACGCUGACACUUCGUGUACAUAGGGGUGGUUUCAAAGCUACAUUACCACAUUCUAAAACAGCGAAUGAAUUAAAUAACAUUAUUCCACCUGGAGACAACUCAAAAGCCAGACUCGUUCAGUUGAAAUAUCGACACGGUUCCACAGAAAUCAUCAGGGCGAAGGAAGGUUCAUUGGAAAACAUCCCGCAGUUGAACUCAAGUAUGAAAGAUCUCGUAAACACUACUGAAACCGGUUCGAUAAACUCGAAUACGCUCGGCGUUCCCGGUGAACAACCGCCAAGAAAAAGCAGAUCUUUGACCGAGUUCAUUCUGCGGCAGGAGAAGCGGGCCAGUAAGGACAUGAAGGACGGGAAUAGGCGGGAGAGCUCCGUCUCUUGGAGUCUGCGGCGAUUCAGGCGGAGCAGCGGGAGCGAGACAAGCCGGGGGAACCCACGGCGAAGUCUAUCAAAACGUUACAGCAUUGAGACCAAAGCCGCGAAGACAUUAGCUGUUGUCGUGGGUGUUUUCAUAAUCUGUUGGCUGCCGUUUUUUACUGUGUAUUUUAUUGGAGCAUUUUGUGAUGAUUGCAUACCCCCGAUAUUGUUUUCCAUCUUCUUCUGGCUAGGCUAUUGUAACAGUGGACUCAACCCCCUCAUCUAUGCAUUGUUUUCCAAAGAUUUUAGGUUUGCAUUUAAAAGGCUGUUGCGAUGCAAGAAAGCCAACAAGCCGCGGUUUAGGAAAUACGGUAUUCAAGCAUUCGUCUACCAGGCGCAUUCUGGAGGGAGGGCACUAGCCAAGGACGCGUCUGAGAACACCGAGAGCAACGAUGCCGACUCAUAACAUCAUCAUGUCAAAACUUGACACAGUGUAAUAGUAGAUUGGUCAUGUUUCUGUUAAAUUAUUUUCUAAGAUUUAUUUUGAUACAAGUUAUGUUCGUGUCUUGUCUGUGGAAUCUGCGCCACGGUGUGUACAACUGCAUGUUAUUGUUAUAAGCAAGUUUGGAUUAAUCUAUACAUGUUAUAACUCAAGUUGACUGCCAGAGAAUACUUUAACUCAAACCUCCACCCAGGACUACGCAUGUAUCGCUGGACAUUUCCGAGCCGCUCUCCGCUGCAAUAGACGCAGUCUGAGGACGAGAUUGUCGGUUGUCCACGACGACGAGAUUUUGGCCAAAACAUUGCGCAUACACUUUUUAUCCCGGUCACAAUGACAUAAUGCCAAAUAAAUACACGUAGAGCCUUCAAAGGUCUUGAAAAAUAUGGCUACUCUGGAUGAAAAUUAAGGAACCUAGUCAUCUCUAAAUACCAAAUCAUUCAAAAGAUUGAUGAGUUUUUGUGCAGCGAAUAGUGCUCCUCUUGGCCAUUUACGCUUCUCGGUGAUUUUCUCGUCGCGUUCGGAGAUUAAGAAUACCCAAGAAUUCUCCACGUAAAAAUAGCCAAGUUGCAUUGACCGACGUCUGGCAAGCCAAAUGAGGCAUUCUCGCGUAUACAACACCUCGGUUUUCUGUCGCAGAACUAGAUUUUUGUAUUUGUCCGUCCAACCCUUAAUCCCCGAUGUCACAAUGUCUUUCUUUUAAUUUGUGAAUGUUAACAUCUCAUCAAUCCCAAAACCAUGAUCGUAAUAUACGUGUCAUACAUUUCAUUCUGUGGCCAGUGCCAUAAAGUAUGGACGGCGAUUAGAGCAUGCGUAACAGCCGCAUCUCCAGUACUGACUGCCUGGUGAAGGAAGUCUUCG